CAUAAACGACCAUCAGUUAUGCAUUUAGGCUACUCUGCUGCAUCCCACACCGCUGUCAAUAUGCGUGUUUUGUGGGGUGGAUUUAUCAUUCAUUGCAUCGCAGUUUAGAACUACGGUCCCGCAUCCCUUUGCACGGUAGAAUUAGGCUAGUAGGGUAUGAGUCAGAGAGCUAUCCGUUUGAACAAAAUGGUUAAACAUGGCAUUCGACAGAAUUUGCUAUGCCUUAGCACCAUCACAAACCAGUUGAGUGCGGAACAUAUAUCUGAAUGAAAGACUGAAUAAGAGUGGGCUUAGGCGGCCAUGGACCUGUUCAACCAGCUGAUCCUGGUCAUCUCAGUCACCAGUUUCCUCUCCUUCCAGUGGCUCUUCCACCGGGUCAGUCCCUGGGUCUCCACCCGCGUCAGCCCUGGCUUCCUACGCCUCGCAGACAAGCAGAAGGUGGAGUGGAACUCAAGGACGGUGUCCACGCUUCAUGCCCUGGUGGUGGGACUCUUCUGCCUCUACAUCCUGCUCUUUGAUGACGCCAUCAAUGAAGACCCCGUCUGGGGAGAUCCCACACUUGUGAAGAUAAAUGUUGGCGUGACAACAGGCUACCUCAUAUCUGGUGAGAACAGACACUUUAGUCGCAUACACACUUGUAAAGGUCCUCGUUCCCUACCGGACAUCUUGGCCAUCCCUAGCCACACUUCGGCAACAUUGGACAUUACCAGACAAUGUAUUUUGUUGUUGUUGCGUUGCAUUUAUAACCACUUUUGUUCAGCUGCUGUAAUAUGUUCUGUUUACUCCUGUGUUGUUCUUUUCGUCUGUUUGCCAGAUCUGCUGCUAAUAUUUUACUAUUGGAAGGCGAUAGGCGACAAGUUUUUUGUAGUGCACCACCUAGCAGCGCUGUAUGCUUACUACUAUGUACUGCUGCGUCUCCCUAGACUGUCAUGGCAGAGGGCCCUUGAGAGUAACUGAAAUGUUGAUGAUAAUAAUAACACUGAAUGAUGAAUGAUGCUUAAAUGUGUCUGGUCUAUGAAUGUGUCCUCACUUUAAUGCUUUAGCUCUGUGAGGACUUGCCUACUUAACUUCAAGCCUCAAGAGUCUCUGUUUUUAAGAGUGACAAAGAUAAGUCCUUGGUUCAAACCAAUCCAUAACCUUAAAUCUUUCUACAAUAAGCUUAGCUGAGUUUAUCCCUUAGCAUUGUAUGCUAAUUGUAUUCAUAUCCAACUUGAAGGACAAUAAUGUACAGUGUAUGCCUUGCAAAACUACUCUGUGGUACAAUGCAUUUCUGUGUACAUUUAAGAGAAAAUGUGAAAGGCAAUACGGGUGUAAGCCAUACUGUCACUGGACACUCAUGACUGCUUAGUACAGUCAUGCUUGAUAUUACUUAGCAAAAUACAUAAACCAACUAACUUCGGGACAUAUUGUACGCAUUUGCUACAAUCUGUUCAACAAAAAAGCCCUUUAUAACUUACUAAUUGAUUUACUUACUUUUUUUGUGUGGCUUUGUAUCAAAGCUGUUAUGUCAGUAUGUUGUUAAUUCAGUGACUAUUAUUAAUUGAACCAGCUGUUUUAUGUAGAUUUUGUUGUUAUGUUGUUAUUAUGGCAUAUUAGAUCAUUGUAAAAACAAUAAGGCUAUACCCAGAACAAGCAAACUAAUUAAUAGGCUAAUGUUUUAUUACUGUUUGAUUUCUAAAAUGCAUGUUAAACUAUCAAUGCUGUUGCUUCAUUUUUUGCUUCUAACUAUAGUUGCACCUUUUUCUCUAAUUUGUCUGUCUCAUAGAGAUAGAUAAGAGGACUCUAGUGCCCAAAAGCCUGUUUAAGCAUGGGCAGCGCCAUUGAGGACUUUCAAC